UCGAUGACCCAGUUAGUGACGCAUUAGAGCCUUCUGCUCUGAGAGUUCAGAUCAGACAGUCCCCAUAUCUAGACGCGUUUCACCAACAUCAUACCGUUCGAAUCACAGUCGACAGUGGGGCAACAGGUAACAUGAUAUCAGUUUUCACAGCCACUGUAUUAGGUGCAUCCAUCAAAACUAGCUCCCAGUCCGCCCAUCAGGCAGACGGAUCAUCCCCACUCAUUGUCAUAGGCGAAACCUCUAUUGUGUUUACUAGGGACGGCAAGGAAUUUAAAUUUGAAGGUCUUGUUGUCGAGAAACUCGAUGUGGACGUACUCGCGGGCACCCCAUUUAUGGAGUUGAAUGACAUAGCCAUUCGUCCAGCUAGGAGACAAAUAAUUCUGGGCGACGGAACUACCUAUGUAUAUGGGUCCCGUCCUAUACAUCCUAGUCCUCCUAGCGUGCGCCGCGCAUGCGUUCUGCGCGCUCCAGAGGGAGAAACUACUAUUUGGCCUGGCGACUUUAUUGAGUUAGAUUUACCACCUGACUUCUCCCAGAAUGAUGAUGUUUUUGCUCUUGAGCCUCGUGACACUUCUGCACUUUUAAGAUCCUGGCCCCCGUACGUCGUUAUUUCUAGUGUAGCUGGUAGAGUCCGUAUCCCCAAUUUUACCAACAGGCCCCAGGUUGUAAAGCGACAUGAGCAUUUCUGCCAAGUUCGCCCAACCUAUGUCCCACCAGCGGAGACCUCUACACCGCCUCCAAGUUACAUAGCUAAGCCUAUUUCUGUUUCGGCUCAUUCUGAUAAAGUUAAGUUGGACCCAGAUAAUAUUGUACCCCAGGAUAUAAAAUCAAAGUUCCAUUCUGUCCUUAUCGAGUACGACUCCGUCUAG